AUGGCGUUCCACCUUCUCACUCAACUCCUCCUCGUCUUGCUGAUGAUCACCAGCUACCAAGUGAAUGCAAACUGGUCCCUCACCUUCUAUCCGACAUUGGAGCAGUGUAAGGGCGAGGACCCCGUCCGCAACCACUACUACACCUUCACCGGCGACGAAAGCCUUUGGUCGGGCAAUGCUUCUCUGCGCGGCGAGUGCUUCGUCCCCGGCGGCGACCGCAUCGACACCAACAUGAUCUGCGCCGAGACCCUCGACGGCGGCAUCACCAUGCAACAGUGCGGUCCAAGCAUCAUGUCCCAUCUCAAGGACUGGUUCUGGAGCGUCACCCCCGGCAGCGCCUGCUCUUGGGGUCACAUUCGUGCUGCAGGCAUCUGCCAGGAUUACAUGAGCGAGCCCAAGGACACGUCGGAGUGCUACAGUGGUGAGCAUGAGAUGAAGGUACAGGGACACUCUUCCAUGUCCAUGCACUUCUCGUGCAGGUGCUCGGGGACCAGCGAUACUUGCAAGCCGAGUUCCUUUGAGGACUAG